GUCCUCCCGGAUCCGAUGAUCUGUGAGGGAGCGGGGCCGGCGGGCGGGGGGAUCCCUCAGCGGCGGGAGCCGCCGCCCCGCCGAGUCACCUUGAGGGGAGCCCCGGCCUCCCGGCGCCGGGCCCGGGGCGCCCUCCCAUUCCCCGAGCGGUGCCGGGCCUGCCGGGGGGUGGGUGUGGGGGGUUGGCGGUCACUGGAGGCCUCCCGGGAGGGUUUAGAGGCGGAGGACGGCGCGGGGAGCCGGAGCUGCCGCCUCAGCAGCGCAGGGGAAGAAGUUCCCGGCGGGCGGGAGCGCGGCCGGUACAACUUCCAUCCCUGCGGGCGGCAGCGAGGGCCGGGAACGCCGUCCGAGUCGCUUAAGCCUCCGAAUUCGGAGAUUGGUGACGAUGAACAAGGUUACGACCUGGACUUGUUCUGCAUACCUAAACAUUACGCAGAUGAUUUGGAAAAAGUCUAUAUUCCUCAUGGGCUCAUCAUGGACAGGACGGAGAGACUGGCACGAGAAAUUAUGAAGGGCAUGGGAGGACACCACAUUGUAGCACUCUGUGUACUCAAGGGUGGCUAUAAAUUUUUUGCUGAUUUAUUAGACUACAUCAAAGCACUGAACAGGAACAGUGACAAAUCAAUCCCUAUGACUGUCGACUUCAUUAGGUUGAAGAGUUAUUGUAACGAUCAAUCGACUGGAGAUAUAAAAGUCAUUGGUGGGGAUGACCUCUCGACCUUGACUGGAAAGAAUGUUUUGAUCGUAGAAGAUAUAAUUGAUACUGGUAAAACAAUGAAAACGUUGCUGUCUCUACUUAAGCAAUACAAUCCAAAGAUGGUGAAAGUAGCCAGUUUGUUGGUAAAAAGAACUCCUCGAAGUGUGGGAUAUCGGCCAGACUUUGUUGGAUUUGAAGUGCCAGACAAAUUUGUUGUGGGAUACGCCCUAGAUUACAAUGAAUACUUUAGAGAUUUGAACCAUAUCUGUGUGAUCAGCGAGACGGGGAAGCAGAAGUACAAAGCAUGAAAGCAUAGUUCAAGUGCUAUGACAACACAGCUUUGAAAUGUUUUGUUUACCGAGUCCUAUCUUUCACAGGCUUCAACUCUGGUACACCAGCUAAAAUUGUAGGAUGCCCCAGCCCCAUUGUCAUACCGCUUACUAUAAUUUAUUGCAUGUACGAUAUAAGAUCUUGUCUUGUUCAUUUAUAUUUUAGAACUGUAAACAACCGGUGCGGUUCUGCACUCCUUAUUUUGAUUUGCACUAUGACUCUACCGACUAUUGCUGCCCCUGGUUGGGUUGUGCUGUUUGUGAGCUCCGGAGUCUAACUCUCGCAGUGGUAAAUUGCUUAAACCUCAUCAACCCAGAACUGAAAUAGUUCAAGUACUGUAAAUGUAAAACAUUUUAUGAUAGGGAAGUCUAUUAGUAAUAUUUUUAAAAUCUGUAAUUUAAGUUUUAUAUUUUAAUGCACAGAUGUGAUUGUGAUUAAUGGAUAGUUUGCACCUUUGGGUGUCAUAAGGCAUGAGGAGCAGCCAGUUACAGUAUCUGUAAUCUCCAAGGAGCUCGUUCAGAUCUCCCGGAGUUGCCUUAUUGCUGUAAAGGAAGUCUGGGUGAAAAAGUCUUUUUUUUUUUUUUUUUUUUUUUUUUUUUUUUUUUAAAGGAGAUGGAAUGACAAAACAGAAUGUUUAAAAUCUACUUUCGGUUGAGCUGCCUCUUUCUCUUGGAUUAUUUUUUUUUUUUCUUUAGAAAUAUCCAUCAGCCAGUGGAAUUGCCUUUUAAAUUUAAACAAUUUUAAUAUAUUUGUGAAAAAGUAUUGUAAUGUUUACUUUAUAAGAUCUACCAAACAAAGUACUUUAAAUAAAGGCUGUCUCUUUAAAAUAAGCCCCAUACAUUUAUGCCGCUCGGUCUGUCUGUUAAGGCGCGCUUGAAAUUUUCUUCUCAGUGAUAUUUUUCAUGAGCGUUUCUGGUGGUGAAGGCAGACUCUCCCUUUGGUGUCUUUGUGGAGCUUUUGGUUAACGUUAUCCUGGCUACAAGAGAGAUCGUGAAGCGCUGAGGGAAAAUAUGGAAAGGCUUGCGUGUUCUAUAACCAGCGUAGAUUUUGGAGAAAAUGGUUUAAGCACUGUCCUUUCUUCUGUUUUGGCAAAGAUGAAGAGUGGAGAUUAUAUGUUCAUUAAACAUACACAUGUGGAAAACCCCCACAGCCAUUUUGUACAGAAUUGUUUGGGUUUGUUUCUUUCAACACCUCUGUUCGCGUCGAUUCUAAACGUGGCAGCCUGUCUCCUGCCUCCUCCUUGGCCAUGCUCUUCCAUCCCUUCCCUGCCCCGGCUCCCGUCGCUCUGCGCUCUGUGCUCCUGUUUAACGCCGCUCAACGCUCGAUGCGUCACAACGUUUUUGCCAGCCUGUUUGGAAGGAUUUUUCUGUGGUUUUGGAGCUUGGGUCGUGUUUCUGUACUUUUCCAAGUACCGCGCAUCCUUGUGCAUCCACGCUGUGUUACGUUACAACUGUAGUCGUCUGUAGCAGACCUAAAAUAUGAGUAACUUUCACGAUGGAAUUCAGAUCAAACGGCCACGAUCUGUAGGAGACCUAUUUGUAAAUCAAAAUUCUCAUUAACAAAUAUUAGAACACUGCUCGUGAUUAUACGAUACUUUUGCAAUGUUAGAGUUAACUUUCCAAAGAGGUUUGUUUUUUGUUUUUCUUUUCCCAAAUGCACUGCAAAGUCUGACUGUACGUCUCCAUCUCCUAAAUAACGUUUGUGGAGUUGCCUUUCCGAGAACCUGGACCGUCCCUGGGACAACUUGUUGCAAAAAUACGUGAUGCAGCUCCGAGAAGAGGAAGCGCAAAAGCAACAUAGGAAAAUAGAAACCGCUUGAGAAUUGCUACAUCCAUCCAAGUUUGCACUAGUUCUGGUUGGGCUUAAGGUCGAAUCUUAAAAUGCGGCGGUUUCUUCAGCCAUCUGAGUAGUUCCUGCUUCACAAUCCUAAAAUAAAUUCAUGGCACCUGGAGAUUACACUGGAGAGGCGGCCUAAAAGCGCCUGCUUACACAGGGAAAGAGUGAGAAGUGGUGUUCAGUAUCUUUUGGGACUAAACCGUUCAAUUGGUUUAUCCUGUUGGUUAAGACGACAUUCAAAUGCCGUGAUUUGGGAAGGGGAGGAGAGAUUUAGUCAUAAAUGAGGGGGUUUAUCUUCCAAAUUGGGGAAAUUGGAGGGUAGGAACUGCGUGGACACGCGUGUGUCGGGGAGUCACAGAAGAGGGUUGG